AUGGAACGUGAACUUGCGUCUCGUUGGAGGGAUUUGACCACUUUCCUAUGUGAACCGACUCGGGAGAAAUGGUGGAAAACCAUCAUCGAAGCUUAUCGGCCACGUCCCUUUCGUGGUAUUCCUCAUCUUUGUGCCAUGUUCGCUUUGUUCGAUAAAUACAAAGAUCAUCUGAAGGAUCGAUAUGCCACCGCUUUUGCCAUCUUUUUCAAAAAUGCUAUUUAUGACCCAAUUGCUUCGGAUAAUGCCGAAAAAAGCGCUCAAUUACUUCAUCAGUUUGCGCAGGACACUACGUUGGAUUCGGAGAAUUACGUGGCUGAUCUGGUAGUCGCAUCAGGUUCCUAUUCAACUGAUGCCCAUUUGACAGAAGGAGUCUCAGGGGAUGAAGAUGUACACUAUCUCAUAGAUUUCGAUAUGGCAUUCCUUGGAGACAACGAGGAGCAAUUUGCCGAGCAUGAAAAGGCUCAACGAAAGGAAUACAGCCAUCUGAGUGAUGAAGAAUAUCGAAAGCAACGGGAAAAGGUGGGGACAUUUCGAUAA